CUAUUUAGGCACAUACAAUGGGCAGCAGCCGGUAAAUUAGGUUCUUGGCCCUGCUCAGUUUUUUAAUAUGAUCCAUAAAGACCUUUAACAUGCUUUUUCUGCCUUAGCGUAUGUCGUGUUGUUAAGUCUUGGAAUUCUCAUUGUGUGGCAUAAGCACAUUCCAGUGUCAAUAUGGACAUUGAUGAAGUCUUCUCCCAUAUUGGGGAGUUUGGACCAGCUCAAAAGAAGUAUGUGCUGGUGAUAUCCUUAGCCCAGGUAUACAUAGCAUCAAUUAAUUUAAAUAUGGAAUUUACAGCCUUUGCUCCUGAGUUUGAGUGCUACCCUAGUGAAGAUGGCUCAGCUCCUUUGCUUAAUGCAUGUCCUGACAAUGAAGCAGCCAAGUGUGCCAGAUUAGUCUACAACUCAAACUACUCAACUAUUGUCACAGAGUGGAACCUGGUGUGUGACCAGGCCUACCGUGCCAAGGGCUGCCAGUCAGCCUUCAUGGCUGGCCUGAUGGUGGCAGCACCACUAAUGGGUCCACUGGCGGACAAGGUGGGCCGCCUGCGCACCAUAGCUGCCUGCCUGCUGGUGCUGCUGGCCUGUUUCGGAGGCAGCAUGGCUGCACCCACCUUUGAUGUGUUCCUGGCACUCAGGUUCGUCUCCGGCUCUGUCACCAUCGGCAUGAUCUUGUCCACGUUCGUGCUGGCCUCGGAGGUGGUGGGCGCCUCCCAGCGCGCCUUCUGCGGCAAUCUGAUGAGCGUCAUGUUCGCGCUGGGCAUCCCCGUCCUGUCGGCGGCGGCUAGCCUCAUCCACAGCUGGCGCCACCUCUACUUGCUCUUCACGCUGUUCGGCUGCGCGUACUUCAGCGCUUACUUCUACCUGCCGGAGAGUCCGCGCUGGCUGCUGCUGAAGGGUCGGGAGGAGGCGGCGCUGCGCGUGCUGCAGCGCAUCGCCCGGUGUAACGGCACCACGCUGCCGGCCGGGCUUAAGCUGCGCUCGGCCGCGCCACGCGCUGCACCUGUCGCCGAAGGCGUUUGCUCCCUUUUCAAGUACCGCAAAGUGGCUGUCUGGACGCUGGUCAUGAUGUUCUCGUGGUUCACCAACAACCUGUGUUACUACGGCCUGACGUCGGCUUCGGCCACCAUGGGCAGCGACCGCUUCACGUCAGUGGCGCUGAGCGGCCUCAUCGAGCUGCCGGCCUACGCCAUCGUGAUGCUGGUGCUGAACAGGGUCGGUCGCCGCACGCCCCUCUGUGGCUUCAUGCUGCUAGGCGGCGGCUGCUGUCUGGGCAUCAUGGGCCUGCCGCACGGCGACGCCAGGCUCGCCCAGCUGCGCAUGCUGCUCGGCCUGAUCGGCAAGCUGUGUGCGGCGGCAAGCUUCUCCGUGAUCUUCAUCCACUCGGGCGAAAUCUUCCCCACGUCUAUCCGAAACACCGGCUUCGGUUUGGUCAACGUGUUUGCCCGCAUUGGCGGCAUCGUCUACCCGUUCAUGGCCCUUCUGAACGACGUGAUGGCCGACCUGCACUUCGCGGUGUUCGGUGCGCUGGCGGUCGGCUCAGGCCUGCUGAACCUGAUGCUGCCGGAGACGCUGGGCCGCCCCGCUGCCGGAGACGUGGGGCCCGACUGGCAGUGCUGGUGUGGCUCCCGGUUCGGCAUGUACUACGCGCUGGUGAUCAUGACGCUGCUGGCGGGGCCGGCACGCGGCCAGACGCUGUCAGAGCGCAUCCUGUCGCUGUUCUUCCGGCACACGUGCGAGGAUCUGCGCCACUCGCUGUUCGAAGUGAACGCGCUCAGUGACUGCUCCGAGGAGCUCGGUUGUCCGCUGAACCAGCACUGCGAGCCGUUCACCUGCCACGGACUGUUUGUGCACAGGUGCGUCGCCAACUUCGCCGAGCAUGCCGCCUGCCAGCGUGGCUCCCAGUGCAGCUCGAACUUCUGCCACCCGACCAGCUCUACGUGCGAGGCGCGCGAGGGCGCCUGCCCGGAGGACAUGCUGAACGCGGGCGGCACCUGCCUCGGCCUCUCGCCGUUCCGCGCCGCCUCCUGGUCGGACUCGCGCGCCGAACAGCAGAACCUGCAGACGUUCUUGGUGCUGCGCCGCGCCGCCGCCGAACAGCCGUACAUCGGCGUCUCGGACACGCAGACCGAGGGCGUGUUCCGCUUGGACGUGGACGGCUCGCGCAUCGACGACGGCUUCAGCGCCUUCGCGGCGGCCGAGCUGGCGCGGAACGACGAGUGGCUGAGCUGCGCCACGCAGCGGCCGGUGAGCCUGCAGCCUAGCGAGAACGGCUGGGCGCUGAGCCGGUGCGACGCCAGCCGACGCUUCGUGUGCCAGGCGGACCCGGCGUUCGGCGCCUGA